AUGUGGAAGAUAUGGCGAAUUAUAUUCUUGAAUCAAGAGGUGCAAAGAAAUCGUGUUUAUGACUUUCAGAGAGCUCUCUACGAAGAUCCCAAGCUUAUUGGAGAAUGGUUUCGACUGGUAUCGAAUAUGCGAGCAAAAUAUAGUAUUCUCGAUUGCGAUUUCUACAAUUUCGACGAAACCGGCUUUAUGAUGAGUAUAAUAUAUCCCGGAAUAGUUGCAUAUAUCAACCAUAUAUCGAAGAUUGAAUUCUUUGCAGCUUUCAAAGCUGCAUAUCAAGAAUCAAUCACAGCUCAGAAUAUGAAAUCAGGAUUCCGAGGAACAGGUCUAAUACCAUUUAAUCCUGAAGCUGUACUUUCGAAACUAGAUAUUCGAAUUCAUACGUCUACCCCUCCUCCUUUCGAUCCAGAUAUAUGGAUCUCUCAAACCCCUCACAAUCCAACUGAAGCUCUUUCACAAUCAACUUUAGUAAAAUCUCGAAUAACACGUCAUCAAUCAAGCUCCCCUACACCUAUAUUUGAGACUGUACUAGCUCUAACUAAAGGUAUAGAGAGAUUAGCUCAUGAGAAUACACUUUUAAAUGCAGAGAUUCGUAUACUUCGAAAGACAAAUAUAGCAUUAAACAAACGUUGA